AUGUGGUGUUUCCAGCCCAUGCUGGGCCAUCGCAAGGAUUUCUCUGACGAGCUAAGUGAGCAGUACCACGAACAGGUGCUGCAGGGGCGGUGCGGGAGGCGGUGCUUUCGCUUCCGGUUCCGGUCUUCAUGCCGGGAGGGGCGGGGAGAUGCUGCGGGAGCCGACGGGGCGGCGCCCACGGUCUUGCUCCCUGAACUUCGUUCGCUCCUAUCCUCUGGCCGGGCCCGCCUCAUCGACGUGCGAUCGCGGGAGGAGGCUGCAGCUGGGACCAUCCCAGGGGCGCUUAACAUCCCGGUGUCAGAGUUGGAAAGUGCCCUGCAGAUGGAGCCAGCUGCUUUCCAGGCUUUGUACUCCGCUCAGAAGCCAAAGCUGGAAGAUGAGAACCUUGUUUUCUUCUGUCAGAUGGGCAAGCGGGGCUUCCAGGCUAUGCAGUUGGCCCGCGGCCUUGGAUACAUAGGGGCUCGCAACUACACUGGAGCCUAUAGAGAAUGGUUGGAGAAAGAGGGUUAG